UACUCGUUUGGCCGAGGAUCAAAUGGAACUACAAGUAACUAUGUGUACUGAAGUUAAAAACUAUUUGCUAGAUGCUUCUCCAGGUGCCACCUUCACAGUGGUUUCAUAUGAUGAGAUUAGAGCUGUGAUGAAUGUUAAAUCAGCACGAAGCCUCAUGAGAGAGUUGCAGGUGCUGCUAGAUAAGUGGAAAGAGAAUAGUGAAACAAACACGGCUCAUAUGAAGCAAGACGAGGCCCCAAUUGAGAGCCACAUGGCAACAAUGCAUGAGCAAGGGGAAGUUGAGGACCAUAGGGCACAACCAGACAUGAAAAUGGAAGGGCAUUCUGGUGGAAGAAUGACACAUAUCACGUGCUAUUGGGAAGAUAUGAACAAGCAGUUUAAGAAAGGGAAUAAAAAAACUGGUCACAUACUUUCAAUGUUGCAGAAGAUUGAAGGCAUACUGACAAAGCUGUCUACAUCACAUCGGGCUAAGUUGCAAGAAAGGUUUUUUGGUUUGUCUGCAGAGGCUGAGGCUAUCAUGGAAGGUGUGAUGGAUCAUAUGAAGAUCCAAUUUGAUAAGAGGCCGAGCCAUUCAGAUGUCUACUUUCAUUAACUUGCAGCAUCACAACCGCUUUCUUGACAAACUGUUCCAUCUCCAUGUUAAUUGCGGGCUAGAGCUAUAGUCGGCUGCCCAAACUAACGUUCACCCUUUUGGCGCAAUUUGGGAUGGUGAAUUUAUAUAUUUCUUGUGCUUAUGGACUCGUAUCUAAGGACAUGUUUUUUUUUUUUUUACUUUUGGCUG